GCAACAAGAAGCGACCGCUUGUAAACAAUCCACAGGAUUGCUCCACACCCCGACCGUGGUUACACAAGCGUGACAGGCAGUUCGGAUCAACUUCACACCAGUCAUGCUGAAAGCUGUGGGACAAGCUCUGUUCUCUACUGGACUGCAGAAUCCUAAAUACACAGCAGAGGAGAAAAAGGACCAAGACUAUGAGAUUCGAACCUACCAUGCCACUAAUUGGGUGAGCACCACUCUGAGUGGGAUGCAGUGGGAUGCAGCCAUGAACACUGGCUUCCACAAGCUCUUCAAAUACAUUCAAGGCAACAAUCACAACAAGGUGAAUGUGGAGAUGACGGCUCCUGUGACGUGCCGCGUGGACCCUGGAGCCGGACCCGCAUGUGAAUCUCAGUUCACUGUGUCCUUCUACAUCCCAGAGAAGCAUCAGGAAAAUCCACCUGAGCCCAGCGACCCGGAGGUGUUUGUGGAGCACAGGAAGGAGUUCACAGCUUAUGUCAGGACAUUUGGUGGUUUUUCCAAAGAGAAUAUGAAGCGUGAGGAGCUCCUGAAACUAAUGGAGAGCCUGCAGAGGGACGGAGUCCAAUACGUGGACAAGCCGUUCUACGCAGCCGGGUAUGACAGUCCCUUCAAACUCACCAACCGCAGGAACGAGGUCUGGGUUCUCAAGAAGGAGCAGGAGUAGGAAGUUUAAAGGUCGCCCACUACAACUGUCAAUGAGUCCCAUUUAAGAGGGAAUCAAAUUACAUGAUCAUUUGAUAACACUCAGCACAGGACUUAUCGAUGUCCAAAGGGAAACAAAUUCAUUUCUAUUAUAGAAAAAAAUGCUUUUGUUUGAAGGUCAUACUGUCAACCAACAUUCUUCCAUGUCUGACUUUUUUUUGCUUUAUUUUGUUUGACCAAAGGUUACUGAAUUAUACUACACUGAUAAUUCUUGACAAAGAGACCAAACACAGGUUUACAGCUCUAAGAGGUCAUCAUAAACAAAUAAACCUUGAUGAUAAACUGGAUACAGUGGGGCAAUAUUACCAGCAGGUGGAGCCAAAUAGUCAGGAUACAUUUCUUUCAUCUGGUGCAUCUUGACAAAAACCAUAAGUGCCUGUUUUUUAAUGAAUGACUUGUUGAAAAUACAGUAAUUUGCACUAAUGUGGUACUCCUUAAUUUGUUUUCACCUAAACCUUAACAUAAGAAGUUACUGUGCAUGAUAAAGAAAUAAAGGGUAGGUUCACAUGUUUUUGAGUCUGUUUCAAAGCAGUAACUGUUCACUGUAGUUGUUCCUCCCGUCUGUACUGGCUGCAAAGAAAUAACAUGAUGAUGGGGGAUGAAAUCCACAUUCCCCUAUCUUUCACAAAUAUACUCUAAGUAGAGCCGAAACCAUUAUGAGGCUUUAAGAGUCAGUGUAGUUAAGCGUAUACCUUUUUUCAUUCUUUGUGUCACUGCAGCUCAGUAAGCUCAGCUCCCUUACAUUUUAAUCACUUCAGGUUGAUAUCUUUUUGCUAUCAGUUUGGACAGGAAGAAUGAUUACAGCAACCUAUAUCGCUUUCAAUUUACGAACGUGAACCCAUCUUUUAACUUUGAAGGUCACCUGCAAACUCAGACGGCAGGUUUUGUCUCUUGUCGGUCAGUUUUCCUGCUGUGAAAAUGUGUGAAAAUGUUGGUGAAUCUCAGUUUGUCUGCUAUCAGGCACCACUGAUUGUCACCGUUAUCUCACUCAUUAUGAUGAGCCACUGAGUCAUUGUAAAUCUGGACCAGUCAUACCUGCAUCACUGCAUGGUCUCAGCAAAAAAAAGAAACAUUCCCCUGAUGAAUUAAUGAUCGUGUAGUGAUCUGCCCGUGUGAUUUUUAAGCUGAAAUCUACCAACAUUUAUGGUGCUUUGUGAGAUACACAAUAACAAAGAAUGACACUUACAAGCUAACAAAAAUCUAGAUUUUUUUUUUUCUUGAGUUUACAUCCUUUUAUACAUUAAAUCAUAUUUAUCAUCAUAUUUAGAGAACAUUUACUAGAAACUGUGUUUUAAUUCUGAAGAAGGGAGACUACUUGUACUUGAUGAGGGAAUGAUGAUGUAAGCACUGCACUAAUGUAAGAAUCAUGGGAGAUAUUACUUCCUGCUAAAUGUUUAAGAAUGAAAAAUGUAUGAUCUUAUCAAUAAUAAAUAUAUAUC